AUGAGACCCAGUGACGAAGAUCGACUAGUCUUCAGGGUAGCAAUUAAUAGGCGUGUUGAUUUGGUGACCCAUCUUGCUGAGCUCGGUUUCGAAGUAACAGUGUACUACCUUUGCUGGAACAAAGUGGACGAAAACUGGAAAGAGUAUAUAAAGCUUUCAAUCGAACGGAACACUUACACUUUCGAAAAAGGUUCACUCUUUUUCAUUGGACUGGAGAGCGACAAGACCCACCAGCUAUCAGCCAGCACACUUGACAUCAUGACAAACAACUCGAAGAUAAAGCAUGGCGUCAAAGAUGGAGAAACUGUUAAUAUCGUGAACCAGAGCAGUAACACGUGCUUGGCUGUUACGAGCGGCUCAAGCCCUGAUGAUGCCGUGGUCGGCAUGGCCCCGUAUGAUGGGAGUCAGGGACAACAGUGGAUUAGGUCUGGGGAGCAGUGGCUAUGGGGAGGAAACUCCUCAUACUGUCUAGAGCCGAUUUCUGGCACAAACAACGUAGGUCUUGAGAACGCUAGCAAUUCUUCGGCCUCCUGGAUCUUUGAUGAGGCUGAGAGAAUAGUGUUGGGGUCAGAUGCCCUGGAUGUUCCAUGGACUGAGCCAAGGACACAAGUUAUAUUGUACCCCGUGCACGAUGGCCUUAACCAGAAAUGGUUGUUUGAAUCUGUGGAAACCCAAGAACCCGAAUAUCUCAUCAGUCAGAGCACCAAUACAUGUCUCGCUGUCCGCAGUGGUUCCAUGCCAAGUGAUGCUGAUGUUGGACUGAUGAAGUGCAGUGGAACUAAAGAAGAGGGCUGGUUCCCAUUUGGCGGCUCAUGGCAGUGGGCAGGGAACCGCUCUUACUGCCUUGGUCCAGAUUACAGCACUCGGACUGUGAAACUAGAAGAUAGCAGUAAUUCUACUGCAAUUUGGUCCGUGGACGAAGCUGAGAGAUUCAGGAUUGGCUCAGAUGCUCUCGAUGUGCCCUGGGAAAAUCCGAGAACAAAAGUCGUACUGUAUUCUCCUCAUGACGGACUUAAUCAAAAGUGGUGGAAAUUCUCUGACUUGAAAGCAAAUCUCGAAGGAGCCCCACCGGCAGCCUAUCCAUUCCCUGGUAGUGAUGAGACAACAUACAAGCAGGAAAUUGCUAGGGGAAUCCUGAAUGAGCUGGGUUCAAAGUCAGAGCCUCUAACUCACCCUCGAGAUGUGGCUACCUUUCCUGGCACAGUUGGCUCGAGCACACCAAGAGUCACAAGGAAGGUGACUCUAGAUCUAUCUGUACUUGGACAAAACAGAGAUUUCCGAAUGACAGUUCCCAAGGACUGGCAGCUCACUGACCUGUACCUAGCAGAGGGAGACGUGUGUCAGGUUAUUCUGCCUGAGACUUUAUCAGAGGCACAAGCACUGCAGAUCACUGUUCGCAUUGGUGCACAUGUCGACUGGCUUCAACCUCAUUCAGCUAAUGUCAUCAAUGGACAGUUUGAACGCAUGCCCAUAGUGUCUGAGAUAUUCGAUGUCAAGCCAGGGGUGAAUGAGAUCAGAAGUCAGUAUGGAGGUAACCUCAUAUUUGUGUUCAGUGAAGGGGAGCUUUUCACAGUUGAUGUUGAUGUUACGAACGUGGUCGAGGCGCCAUACUAUCGAUAUGGACAAACCUCGAAUGCAGAAUGGGAGACUAUCAAAAUGAGAGAUGCUCCCCAAACUCUGAUGGAAUCACAUAAAUGUGUGGUUGUUAUUGCCACAACAGAUGCAAGAGGAAUAACCAGUCCUGACGAAUUGUUGUCUCGUUAUGAUGAAAUUAUGGAGAUGCUAAAUUACGCUGCAGGUUUUGAUGAGUCUGAAGUUCCACCACGUGGGAAACAGUGGCUGGUGAAUGAUACUCAGAUCACAGCUGGAUCAGCCCACGCCGGAUUCCCGGCUAUGUUUUGGCGUGUGUAUUAUAACAUGGCUGAUAAUCGUACUCCUUAUGAUUGGGUAAGUUGGCAUGAACUUGGCCACAACUACCAACAAGGUCCAUACUGGUCAGGAGCUUAUGGUACCGAAUCUACAGUGAACUUAUUUUCGUUGUACAUUCAGGAGAAGCUGUUCAAUAGUGACAGAUUGGAAGAGCAGAACAGUUACGUCACAGCAGCCGAUAAAGUGGACAAUGGAAUGACCUUUGACGAGGGAGACGUGUGGGAUCAGCUGGUGUUCCUGAUGGAGAUCAAGCAUGCCUUCCCAUUGGGGUGGGAAAUGUUCCGUCAGCUAAAUCGUACAACUCGAGCUCUUUCUGACGACGAGGCCAAAUAUCUGACAGGAGAUCGCCAGCGGCAGAUCGACCAUGUGUACAAGAACCUAAGCAAGAGUGUGGGCUACGACCUGGUCCUUACCUACGAUCGCUGGGGUCUAAGCCUAAGCCAGGAAGCCAAGGAUGAAAUUGAACAACUGGGUCUGGAGAAGGCGCCGGGAGACCUCUCUCACCGACCCGCCAAAAAGCCUUCUCAUGUAAUAGAUAUGUCCGACGCUCAAAUGUAUACACCAUGUGUUAUCAUACAUAAGAAGAUUUAAGGAAAGAGACUCCUAAAGAUUUCAAGACUCAAACUUGAUAGUUUGAAGACUGAUGAUACAAAGAUGAGAUAGGAGGAAUCAGAUUUUUAGUUUUCAGGUUAUGUUAUGAUUUCACAGUGAGGAUAUUUAGAUUUCCUAAUUAGCAUUAUAUUCUCUAGUAUCAUAAUAUACACGUUAUGCAUUUGUGAUUUUAUUAUAUCUAACUGUGGAUUAAGAUUUAGAGAUAUGGGAUAGACGUAAUGAUUAUAUUACCUCUGCAUAGUAAUAAUAUAAGAUUCGUACUAUGUAUCACACCUCUGUAGUAUUAAAGAGAACUAACUGCAUUAUUCCAAUAAAGUUAUUCCAAUAAAAAUAAAUCA